CCAACAUGGAGCAGCUCCAGGUUUCCAUGGCAAGGGCGCCUAAACAGGAGGAAACACUGAGGGAAUCCCGUUAUUUUGCAGCAUUGCACCAUUAUAAACACUCAGAGCAGGGCAGGGAAGCCGCUCUCACUACUCCAAAGAACCACUGGCCAGCCGAACCUCCGCCGUUGCUCCUUUCACCAAACUCGGACGAGACUUUUUACAACUUGGACUUUUGUUUGCGUUUUUUGCCAUGCUUUUCAACAACUGAGAAGCUAAAACUUUGCCAUGCUUGUUAGACCUGAGUGACUUUAAUUUGACUUUUCCCCAACAUUUUUUGUUCUUUUCUUGUUUUUUUUUUCUUUUUUGCCUCCUGAUGUUUAGAGGGACUUGGAGGCUGGCCCAGUACCACACCAUGAGGUCCAUGGAUCAAGAUCAACCAAAUCUUGCGUCCCACAAAGUCCUCAGUCCUGACUCCGAUCAACCCUUCCAGCUGGAGGAAGUCUCCCCAUAUGCUAUCAAGCCCUAUAGUCGCUCCUAUAUUGAACACCAGACAGAGGUUCUGACGGGAUAUGACGCCCAGGAAGCACGGAACUACCCGGACAAUACCCGGCCCUCAGGCCUGGCCUUGAGUCCGCGCAUCGAAAUCACGCCAUCCCGGGAGCACUACAGCCACUCUCACGACUCCCUGCAGAACCUCCACCCGAGCGUCAAUAGCCCCCGACCCACCUUGACCGUACCCGGCCAUGAUAACCUCUCCUACCGCGAGCCCCAGUGCCUGAGCCCUGCCAGCAGCAACUCGUCCACCAGCUGGCACUCGGAGAGCUACUCCCCCUGGGCGUCCCCCUGCGUGUCCCCUAGUAGCGGCCAAAACCCUGGAGACCUGUGCCCCCGGUUCCAGAACAUCCAAACUGGAUCCCCGGGCACAUCUCCGAGCACCGGCCUAACUGAGGACGGUUACUUGGGAACUUGCUCACCUUCCCCGCGCUCUGGCUCCCGUUCCACCUCUCCUCAGGGCAAACGCACCUACGACAUGUACAGGAAUCCUACUCUGGUGCCCGGCAUCCGUUCCCGCAGCCCAUCCCCGCUAGACAGCCAUGUGGAUCACAACAUGGGGGCCCACUAUCCAAACAGUGCCUUGCCAGAAGCCAUGAAUGGUUUUAGCUUGCCCAGCAAACUCAUCAAGACCUCCAACCAGGUCUACACUCUGUACCCGGAGCAUCACGGCGAGGGGAACUACCUGGUCUCCUGUGACCAGGACUCAAAAAACAAACCUGCUCCAGAACCGUUCUUUGUCAUCCCUCCAAUUUGGUCGAAGCCGCUGGUCUCCAGCAUCUGCAGUAUCCCAUUGGCAUCUCUUCCCCCUUUGGAAUGGCCCAUGCUCAGCCGCACGGACCACUAUGAGCUCCAUAUCGAGGUGCAGCCAAAGCCGCACCACAGAGCUCACUACGAGACGGAGGGAAGUAGAGGCGCCGUCAAGGCCCACACAGGAGGACACCCCGUGGUGCAGUUGCGCGGCUACAAAGGCAAAGAGGCGCUCGGCCUGCAAAUCUUCAUUGGCACGGCGGACGAGCGCAUUCUCAAGCCGCACGCCUUCUACCAAGUGCACCGCAUCACCGGCAAGACGGUGACGACAAACAGCUUAGAGAAGAUUAUCAAUGGAACCAAAGUCCUGGAGAUGCCCCUGGAACCAAAGAACAACAUGAGAGCAAUAAUCGACUGUGCUGGUAUCCUGAAGCUGCGGAAUGCCGACAUCGAGCUGAGGAAGGGCGAGACGGACGUCGGGCGAAAGAACACGCGUGUCCGCCUGGUGUUCCGCGUGCACAUACCGCAGCCCGGAGGACAGAGCGUCUCUCUACAAGUGGCCUCGCACCCCAUCGAGUGUUCUCAGCGCUCGGCACAUGAACUUCCCAUCGUGGAGAAACAGGACUUGGACAGCUGCUCCGUUCAGGGAGGCCAGCAGAUGAUCCUGAGCGGGCAGAACUUCAGCUCCGAUUCCAAAGUCGUUUUUAUGGAGAAGACGCAGGAUGGGAUGCAAAUUUGGGAAAUGGAAGCGACUGUGGACAAAGAUAAGAGCCAGCCGAGCAUGCUGUUUGUGGAAGUGCCUCCCUACCGCGACUUGUCCGUCUGCCAUCCUGUCAAAGUGACCUUCUGCGUGCUCAACGGGAAGAGGAAACGUAGUCAGCCCCAGCAUUUCAGCUACACGCCACUGCCGUCUCCAUCCAUCAAGUCUGAACCCCUAGACGAGUACGACUCAGAUCACAUGGGCUUUGCCGUGCCCCCCAUCGUGGGCGUACAUCAUUCCUACUACCACCCUCCACACGGCGUCCUCCACCCCGAACACGGCCUGGUUUCCAGCAUGGUCUCGUGCCAGCGCCUGGGCUCCAACCUCCAGGGCCAGGAAUCCCGCUUCCCGAACCAGAGCCCGGCCAUUGUCUUCUCUCGUGCAGGGAAAAGCCUGAACAGCAACCCGUGCACCUAUCAGCAGACUGGGCCCGUGCUCCCCGACCCCCACCGCUCCGUCCUGGUCCACGUGGGCUCCCAGGCGCCACCUGCCGAACCGAUGGGCGGAGGCCAGCACCCAUCCAUCAUCCAGUUCUCCCCCACCAACCACCUCCUGCUUCGGGCUGGAGACCAAGCGCAUCCUGACAACCAGCCCGCCAUUUAUUGCGAAGGCUACUCCCCGCAAGGGAACGACCCGUCGCCACCCCCUCAGCAAUACCCGACCGUGAUCCAGCAGCAGACGUACGCCCACAAAGGGCAGCAGAAAGCCAGAGUGCCUCCUGAGGGCACACCAGCCGACAGAGCCAGGAGGGUGAUGGUGAAGGAGGAGAACCUGGACCAGGCCUACCUAGAUGACGGUGAGUUGAACGAGAUCAUUUGCAAGGACUUGACUGGUGUUCAAACACAAGCGCAAUCCUAGAGGACAGCUCUGAUGCUCUUCGUUGUCAACAUCAGGCUUGUUCACCACCACAUAAAUGCCCCUAUGCAGGUAGCACAAAACAGCAGUUAACUGUGUGUAAUUUUUGGUAAGUAAAUAACCUACAAUUGUUUACUAGUGAAUGAAUAAAUGAAGAAUAUCCAAACUUAACCGGUCGAUCAUCUCAAAAGUGCACUUCGUAAUUAAGAGUAUACUGAUGUCUUUGCCAAAUGAGUGCACUGUUUCUGAUAACCGGAUGAUAUAUAUAUAUAUAUAUAUAUAUAUGAGGGCUGCACAAUAUAACAACAUCACGAUAUUUGCCCGUGCAAUACGCAUAUCGCAAAGACAUGCAAUAAGUUUCUUAUUAAAUUGUUUGCAUUUGUCUGAAUUGAACCAGUGUGAUGCAAACUUAAAUGUACAUUGCCAUCCAAUUGUUGAACAUUAUCUAUGCUCAUUUUUAUUAAUUAGCUAAUCAUACAUUCAAAUUACUUACUUUGCCCGAUGACAUUUUUUUAUUCUGUUAGAUAAUAAAAAUGUUAUUUCUUAUGGUACAUGUUUAAUAUCGCAAUAAUAUCAAUAUUGCAUAUUGCAUGUUUUCCCAAUAUUGUGCAGCCCAAAUAUAUAUGCGUGUGUGCAAAGUAGGUAUACAGGUAUAAAAGUACAAAUAAAAUGGGAAAUAGUAUGUCACAAAGUUCACCUGUGUGCUACUACUGUAUACCUACUUCUGCUACCCACUUAAUAUGUACAGUAUUCCAUUUUAUGUGUCAUGUGUGUAUAUAUAUUCACGUGAAGUGUCUUCACAGGGCCUGCGAUGCUGCAUUUAUGAAUGUAGUUUGUGUUCUAAUUCGAAAUUCAAAAUUCGGUGACAAUCAGCACUUUGACACAAUUUAAGUGACCUUUUGGAAUUACAAGUGCAUUUGUUUGAUUUUUAGUUCUCUGAACCUUUUCCUGUGUGUAUAUAUAGUAUAGCAGAUUUUUAUAUAUAUAAUAGUAUACGUAAUCCAAGCCAAAGUCUUGCCUAUGCACAAAAUUCUUGCAGCCCAUUGCAAACAAAGUACUUUACUUGCUUUAUUAACGUACCCACUCGUAAGGAUAUAUCGCUACCCUGAAAUACUUUGCGUGAUUGGAAAAGAAAUUUGUAGUCCGAGAACAGUUUAAUCGAAUCGUUAUAUCCCUUACGUGUUGAUAAAUUGAAGGCUUUUGUAUGAAAAGCAGAAAUGCACAGCAAGAUAAAAUCUGAGGAAGAUGUUUGUUUUUUUUUAUUACACAGAAUAUUCUAUUUUGUAAUAUUGCAUUUAUAUGAAUGAUCUUUGCCAUUGAGCCAGUUCAGCACAAUUGCAGUUCCCUUAUCUUGAAUGUAAUCUCCUCUUUUUUAUGUGUAAAUAGAAACCUCCAAGUGCGAUUUUAUGCUGAGGUAUGUGUAGCUUGUUAUAUUGUCCCGCGUCUUUUGUGUGUUUAUCUCAUGCAGCAUAUCUUUUUUUUUUUUUUUACACGGAAAAGCUGAAGGGAAUGCGGCCUCAUUUAUAUCUGAAAUCGUGUGUUUUUGUUCACUUGUUAAAUUUCAGUGAGGAUUUCAUGAUGUUUUAUUUACUGAUGAGUUUAAGUCUUGCUAUUUUUGUAUUCUUCAAAGUAGCAAUAAACUAUCCUUACACGAUC